UGAAGAUCACGCGGCCUGGAUGCCGUUAGCCUAUCGCACCGGAGGUGCGAGAGACCUUACUGCUGGAGGAACUUGCUGUCACACAAAUAACGAUGGAGGAGACACAAACUUCCGAAACUGGUGGAGGGCAGCCUUUCCGCCAGGCGUGACGCGGUAUGUGAGCAGCAUUAUACUCUGGAACCGUGAGGACUGCUGCACAGACAAGCUAGACAAUGCGCGAAUCAUGUACGACGAUUAUCUGGGAAAUGCGCCGAGUGUGCAGAUCGCUGGUCCAGAAAUAGACAAAUCCGUAGACCUAAGCGGCGCAACGUCAAUUGGUGCAAUCGCUGGCGACGCAGCGGGGACAACGAUUAUGGCUGCUCUCAGACCGAAGAGACUGCUUCUCAGACUGAAGAGACUGCUAUUACUCGUUGGCUUCGCUCCCACCGAGGUGUGCCAUUCUCGUGGGAUUUUCGACAAGACACAACAUAGCUAGCUACUAGAUAUCGGCCAAACCUUGGGACUUCUUUGCCAUGCCUUAGCCCCUCACGUUCGCCUUGGGUGUUGCACCUUUUGUUCCGCCUCGCUGUCUCCAAGUCUCUGUUCUCCUUCACCUUCCUCACCUCCACCUCCCUGCCUUCACCUCCCUGCCUCCAUUUCCUAACCUCCACCUCCCUGCUUCCACCUCAACGAUUAUGGCUGCUCUCAGACUGAAGAGACUGCUUCUCAGACUGAAGAGACUGCAAUUAUUUUCUCGGCUACUGGCAGAGUCAGACUUAGACGAGUGAGAUAGUUAGAACAUCGUGGUGUAUGACGACAAAGUCCGUCAUCUCUUAUUGAGUACUCCUGCUUGUACUCAGUAGAGAUGACGAGACUCCUUCACGUGGCUGCUUUUACCGGAGAUUCCUCAUUUCGUGGCUGUUUUUACGAGGAGAUCACGAAGUAAGGACUUCGUCUUCUAUUUCAUGGCUUCGCGCCUAAGAGCUCUCACCGUAUUUUUAGACUCUAACACCCUCACGGUUCGACGGAAGAUCAACGCCUUAACAUUGUUCACGAAGUUUGAUGACACCAAUGGAGGGAUAUUGACGCUGUGUGGGAUUCACGUGAUUGGCGCCAAAGUGUUCCAAACGACUUCAAUUAAUGGAGGGCUUUUUGAGACGGUGUCGCAGUCGGGCACUAAACACUACGAGGGCUUUCCCUACUUGCCGCUGCUGUACAGGAAAGAAGCGGAGGACCCAGGUGCAUCAAGGACUUGGCCAGCAUAUUGCUUUAUGGCGGGAGCUAGUCGGGGCUAGCUAACCCUUAUUCGAUCAGGAACUACACUCUACUGAGGACUAGAGAACUACUAGAGACUGUCUUCUCAGAGACUUAACUACUCGAAAACUGAAAAUAAGCGAGUUACUGAAUGAAAUAAGGGAGGUAGCUUUGACAGGGCUGCUCUUCCUUGUUCAGUAUCUUCUCGCUGAGUUUCAGCAGUUCCUCGCUUAUUUCAGUUUUUCGAAUAGCAUGAAGCAAGUAUUUGCCUCUCUACUUCUUACUGUAGCUCUCAGCUUCCUAACCCGCCUCCUCUAAUAGCCCUAGAACGACAGCUAGCAGCCCAGCGUGGUGGCGCGUCACAUUCCCAGACGAUGAGGAGAGAUAUGUUAGCACAGUGGUCAUAUGGAACGUGGACGAUGCAACUCAGAGUGCAGGCCUCAAUGGAGCCCGUAUCAUCUUCAAUGGCGAUCUAGAAUCGAUAGGCGCGUCCACAGAUAGUCCUUCGGAAACGGAA